AUGGGUCACGAAUCGUCGCCAUCAUUGAUACCAAAUAAAGAUUAUUGGUUUUUAUAUUCGAUCGGAACGCCGGAUAAUUUUAAAUGCGGUCUUUUAUUCGUACAAACAGAUAAUUUAAUAACACUUUUAACCGAUAUGUCAAAUUUAACAAAUUACACUUAUGGAUUUUGUUUGGAAGAUACAAAAUGGAUGAUUUUUUAUUUGACGAUAUUUUUACUUUGUCUUUUGGAAAUAUUUUCCGUCGUUGAAAUAUUCGAUUUAUUUUUGGGAAUGUGGAUGUACGAUGCAAAAUUCGACGUUACGGAAAAGCCAAAUAUAGAAACGACAAAAGAAUUUGUUUCACUCAUAGAUACCCUAUCGAAAUGUUCGUGGGAAUCCGUGUCGAAAUUUUCAUCACGAACGGCUGCUAAUAUUGACAUACAAUCCGGAACGGAACCGGAAAUUAAAAGCAGCGUUAAAUUUUCAAAUACGGAUAAUAAGAAAAUAUUCGAUUCGAACGAACCCGUUGUUAGUUUGUCAAAGGGUGAUAAUGUUGAAAAUACUCAAGAGGAACCUGAUGCUUUCUUAGACGAUUCCGAAGCUUUCGGUUUCAGUCAGGUUUCGUCUGAAAUGUUAAAUUUAAGCGUCGACAUACCAUCCAUACAUUCCGGUCAAUUACAAUUAAAUACAACGCAAUCGAACACGUGA